AUGUCUGCGCGACAUAAAGCGCGACAACCACCACCAACAACAACACAACAGUUGUGUAAGCGUCCGUGGACACGAGAGGAAAGGUCUCCCAACAGCGGACAUGUCUCUCCUGCGGCAAUGUGCUCCGGCCAGAAGACUUGUAGUACUGUCCAAGUGUGUAGCCACGGAGUCCAGCUUUAAAGGUUGUUGCCGUGCAGCGAGCGGGACGGUGAAGGACAAGGAGCCGCUGAAGAAAGCCAAAACCCCGCAGGGCCGUUUUGACGGACCCGAGGAGGCGAGCCAAGCUGCUCUGAAAAAGUUCCCCAAUGACGUGAACCCCCAAACCAAAGAGAAGGGAGGUCCACGGGGACCAGAGCCCACCCGCUACGGAGACUGGGAGAGGAAGGGCCGCUGCGUUGACUUCUAGUUCCGUAUACGCAAAAUAAUCACACCUGUGUUGUAUUAUUUUAGCCGAUGCCUGUUUUUUGCUGGUCAAUUUCUGGAAUCAGAAGAUGAGAAGACGGUUUAAACAGUUUGUGAUGGUGACUGUAUUAAUACUAACAGAAGUAAUGGCAUGGCCUGACAUCAAUCAUCUGGUUAAUUUGAGCUUCCGAGUAGGACAUUUCAUUGAUUUAGUUGAACCACAUACAUGGAAUAGGGCCCAGAGCUUAUUAAUUGAUACUGUAACGUGUAACGGCAAUAAACAAAUUGUUUGUUUCCCCCUU